AAAGAUGGCCGCAAUGUGCUCGGAUAAGUUGUGAAGUGAAUUUUAACUGUCUCCCUACAACUGAUGGGAGUUAAAGUAACCCAUCUCCCCCACCCCUUAUUACAGAAAAUUAAUUGCUGUUGCCUGACCAAUCAUGUAAGAGAUUUGUGAAAUGCGCUUAUUCUUUACUAUAUUGGUCCACAGUUGGUCGUUUACUAAUUAUAAGUGUUUCUCUUUCAGUUGGUCUCAGAAGUCUAAGAUUGAGCAGAAGAAAGAAGCAGAUAUGUACACAGCUGCCUCUACUACCACCUCUACCAUUGCUUCUACUAACACCAAUACCAAUUCUACCACAGUUGUAUCCAGUACUACCGCCACAGCCACCACAGUCGCAAACAUUGACCCUCAAUCUUUUACUGGAAUAACUCUGGAUUUGAUCCUCAAACGUUUUAUGGAGUGUGAAGAUUUCCUCACUUCUGAUCAUAAAGAUUGGAACACCAUUUCUCGCAUGGUUCCACAUACAACACCUCUUCAAUGUGCUCACCGUUUUGAAGAACUCCUCAUUAAGGACAAACACAUGAAUCCGAAUAACUACCCUUCUGAAGGUUUGAAUCAUCAACAGUUGCCCCCACAAGAAAUUCAAGGGUCAAGCAUUGACCCCCUCCUCACCAAAAAAGCCCCAAUUGGACAUCCAAAAUUCAAAGGCUUUAAAGAUAAAGAACAUCAUACAGAGAAGCCUACAUUCAUCCCAGAAGACAUAACAGAAAAAGUGUCAAUGAUGAUAAUCAGAGUUUAUGAUGAAGCCAAAGAUGUUGAACAACACUUCCAGUGCCCUCGCAAUAUUUUGAUUGAAGAAAUGAAAUACUUCAAAGAAUAUCUGUCUGCAGACCCUCAACAACUGAGAGAAGAUUUUGAUAUUUCAGUCCAUUGUGAUAUCCAGAUUUUCGAUUGGUUGAUCAGAUAUGCCAAGAGGAACCUACCGAAUGCGGAGCCAGUUUUGGGUAUCGAUUCCAACAAUAUCAUUUCUCUGUUGAUUUCUUCUGAUUUCCUCAAGAUGGACAGUUUGGUCCAGAAAUGCAUCUCCUAUAUCCAUGACAACCUCUCAGACAUCUUACGUGCUCCUAGUAACAUGAACUGCAUCAAUGAUAAAUUAGUAACAAGGAUCGCUGAGCUUUUUAACCACAAUGAAAUCGAGGAGAUCAAAGACAAAAAAGAUAAAUUUAAAAGCAAAUUGUUUUCAAAAAAGAUUGAAAGACUCUUUGAUUCUUCUCCAAAUUUGAAACCAAAUCCCGAUUCCCCAGGCAGUGGCGUUUACUUAUUUAGGUGCUGCCAUUGUCAGAAAAUUCUUCUUCCAAAAUAUGCCCAGCGAAUAAGAUGUGCCCCAAGCAGGUUGUCUGUGAAUGAAAUUGGUGAACUUGUAUAUAACCAUGAUACCGACAUGACCUUUGACAUCAAUGAGUUCAUCCUAGCAUUGAAGUCACAAAUGGUGACCUGGCGAAAUGUUUACUGGAAACUGUGGGGCUUGGUCAAUUAUCUCCACUGCACAUGGUGCAACGAGAUGUUUCCAUGUGCUCACUUUGGUCACUGUCCUUAUCAUCCUGAGGAACCACAAUUCCAGACUGCUGCCGGCAGGGAUGGUGAAACUGUGUCUUCAAAGCUCGUCUCACCAAUUGGACAUUACCCUUGCUGCAACCAAACUGUGUGCAGAUUUGACCCCGCAAACUUAAAUCUGGGUUGCCAAGCAAGGGACCACAUUGUGAAACCCCUGGUAAACAAGGAGAACAGUACCAAGGACACCCCAGAAGAAACAUGUAAUUUAUUCAAAGAUUUGAUCGCGCAUCGGGACAUCAUUGGUAUUCCUUAUAACAACACGAAUGACUUUUAUUUAAGCCAAGACCAGUCAGCAGACAAAGACAGCAGCAACCACAACAGCAGCAGCAGCUACAGCAAGCAGUGGAGAGGUGGGAGUCAUCUGAUCUGGAGGGCCCACAAUACAGCCAGGAUGAAAACCGACUCAAAAGUCUCUGUGGAACACGCAGCGCUCUGUACGACACAACCAAGAUGCUCAAAGACAGGAAGUUGGGUACUUGCAAAAAUUGGGAACUUGGUGAGUUGGGAACUUGCAAAAAUUGGGAACUUGCUGAGUUGGGUAGUUGCCAAAAUUGGGAACUUGCUGAGUUGGGUAGUUGCCAAAAUUGGGAACUUACUGAGUUGGGAACUUGCUGAGUUGGGUAGUUGCCAAAAUUGA